AUGCCCUCUUCGCCCAAUGUGGUCCCGGGGACUCCCCGAGUGAUCUCUCCGUCGCCCUCAGCUUCAGAUCCUUCAGAGACACGAGAUGAAUACCUAGCGCCUCAGACACGGUCAUCUGCACGCCGGCAACGUCUUUCGGGAGUCGUGGAGGGAUCCGAGUCGACGGGAUCUCGCAGCACGCGAGCAGCUGCAACACCCACAGCCUCAUCGCGGAAGCGUCGGUCGAAUCCCAAAAUCCCUGCCUCACCACCACGGAGUAACGGCAGUACUUCCAAUGGCUAUCUGUCACCAAAUUCAAGACUUCCGAAGGGUGCACGCGACCUUUCGCGGUCCCCAUCGCCGCUCGGUCUCAUUCCUCUCCACACGCGCUACCGCUCCUUUAUCCACCGCCAUGAAAUCCCGCGCAAGCUUCUACAUGUGUCGAUCGGAUUCCUUACUCUCAGUUUGUACACUCGAGGUGUUCAGACGCUGCAGAUCACGCCGGUGCUCUUCACAGCACUGGUGCCUAUCGCCGUCACAGACUUCGUGCGCCACCGCUCCGAGAAGGUGAACAAGUUCUAUGUCCGCUCGCUGGGUGCGCUUAUGCGCGAAACCGAGGUGUCAGGCUACAACGGUGUGAUCUGGUACCUCCUGGGUGCGUACGCCGUGCUGCGCUUCUUCCCCAAGGAUGUCGGCGUCAUGGGUGUUCUCCUACUCAGCUGGUGCGACACUGCCGCGUCGACGUUCGGCCGUCUCUGGGGCCGCUACACCCGUAAUCUUCGUCCCGGAAAGAGCUUAGCUGGGACCGCGGCCGCCUGGUUUGUUGGCGUCGUCACCGCCGCCACCUUCUGGGGUUGGUUCGUGCCCUACAUCGGCACGUUCCCCAACGACCCGGAGGGCGCUUUCAUGUUUACUGGUCGUUUGAACCUCCUUCCGGAUUGUAUUCGCGGCCUUCUGCCUUGGACAACCGACAGCACAUCUGGUGUCAUCACUGGCCCCCUAGCUCUCGGCGUCAUGAGCGUCGUCUCCGGCUUUGUCGCUGCCGGAAGCGAGUUUAUCGACCUGUGGAGCUGGGACGAUAACCUGACCAUCCCUGUCCUGAGUGGACUGGGCCUUUGGGGCUUCCUGAAGGUUUUUGGAUAG